UUUCGUUGUUCUUUUAUUUCUCCUAUUAUUUUUUGUCAUUGUGGUUUUAUUUCCCUUAAUAAUGCGUGGGGUUGUCGUAGCAAGUAUUUUUCUCGUUGUGCACUGUAUGUGUGCGGUUAUAAACGCUGAACUCGUCCGCGAUCAACCGUCUACAAACGUCCUAAAAUUAUCGAUCUCGAGAAAAUCCCUGAACUCUCAGCGACGUUUUCGCCGAGACGCGAAACACGAGGAAGAUGAAGAUGUAGUCAACGUAGGAGGAGACGGGAAUUGCCACAAUCCUGCCAUGGAUGAAGGCAGUAGAAUAGAAGAUAAUCAAUGGAAAUUUGAAAACGAAACAAAGAUGAGUAUUUCCAUCAGCUGGAUCGGUAAAAAACAGACUGGAGAAGCUGCGACAAUGCUACUGUUGGCCACAACUGAGCUGAUGUUUUUCUUUAGCAAACCUUCAGACCUUUACAGAAGUGAGGACUUUGGAAAAACUUUCAAACAUGUGAAUGCUGAAGUUUUUAAUAUGCAUAUCAGAAAAGACAGUGGAAUCUUGAAAAGCCCAGUUAACCCUAACAAGGUUAUUCUAGUUUCUCACAGCAUUCCAUUUUUCCCAACACAAUCUGGCCUGGUUAUCACCAAAAAUGGGGGAAAAAGUUGGGAGAAGAUGAAAGUUCCAUUUCAGAUCAGUGGACCACUUCUGUUUCAUCCAUGGAAGGAAGAUUGGAUCUUGGCAAGGGCUGUUGUUAAUGGGAUGGCAUAUUUAUCAACAGACUUUGGACAUAACUGGAAAUUUUUACAGAGUUAUGUUAGGAGCUUAAAAUGGGGUGCCAUCACAGAUACAAAAAAGGAAGAAAACACAAUUUUAAUGACAGUCUCAUCUAAUGCCAAUAGCUUCCUAAAAGGAGAAGCCAAGUUGCUUAGAUCAAGAGACCUUGGAGAAAAGUUUGAAUCCAUCCACGUUCAGCAUGUUUACUCCUUUGGACUUCAGGGCCAUUUCCUCUUUGUCUCUGUGCGCCACAAUAUGAAUAACAAUUCCCGCACCAUGCAUGUGUCCAAGAAUGGAGGAGAUUCAUGGGACCCUGUACAAGUGCCAACUGUAACACCAGAAAGGUUUUAUUCCAUCAUGGACAUGUCGGAGGGAAUGAUUUUUCUUCAUGUUGAUGAUCCUGGAGAUACUGGUAGAGGAGUGUUGUACACCUCAGAUGCUGAUGGAAUUGUGUUCGGUGAAUCGCUCCGAGACCAUGUGUACACAAACUAUGGGGAGGUAACCGAUUUCUACAAAGUGGAAUCAAUGAGAGGCACUUACUUAACAGGCCGCAUGAACCAAGACAGGAGUAUAACGUCAAUGAUUAGUUUUAACCGUGGUGGUGAGUGGAGCACUAUUCCCUUGGCGGAUGAACAAUGCAAGAACGUCAAGCGAGAGCCAGGUGAGAAGUGCUCUCUUCAAAUCCAUGGCCGUUUCAGUCGAAGCAGAGGUGUAGAGUUUGCCAUGGGUCCCUUGAGCAUUCCUAACGCGGUUGGUAUCAUACUUGCUCAUGGUCAUGCGGGUAGUGCCUUGAACAGAAACGUGGACGUGUGGAUGACACGUGACGGAGGGUACACGUGGAAUAAGGUUCUGAGUGGCUCGCACCAUUACUCCAUUGGAGAUCAUGGAAACUUGAUCGUGGCUGUACCAGCUUUCAGCUCUGCCACAAAAUAUCUCAUGUAUUCAGUGAACGAGGGCCGCUGUUGGUUCAAGCAUCCUUUUACAAACCGCGACUUCACUGUCACCGGGUUGGUCACAGAGCCGGGUGGAAAAACAAUGAGGUUCAGUUUGUGGGGAUUUACUUUACCUUCAAGAGAGUGGCAGGUUAUCACUGUGGACUUUGAGAACGUACUCAAAAGAGCUUGUAAAGACGACGACUACGAAAAGUGGAUACCUCACGGUAAAGGGGCGAAAAACGGAUGCUUGCUGGGUAGAAAAGUUUACAUUCGAAGACCAAAGAAAGAGAGUCUUUGUUUUAAUGGAGUGGAGUAUAUCCAUCAAGAAAAAAGUAAAUGUUGUGAGUGUACACACGAUGAUAUAGAAUGCGACUACGGCUAUCAUCCAAAUGGAAAUGAUUGCGUGAGGGACGAACAUAAACCUCCAGAGCUUUGUAUACAUGGUGAUGUGGAAACAGACAAUUUAGGAUAUCGACGUAUUCCAGGUGAUCAGUGCUGUGGAGGUGAUCCUAUUGUGAAUAAGUAUUUAGACACACAGCAGCUCUGUAGAAAUGCCUCAUGGUACGAAUACGGGAUGAAUUAUGACUAUGAGGCAAAAUUUGCAAAGAAGAAGGCGCACAGUAAAGGUGCGGUAUGGAUAGUCUUUCCUAUGGUUUUGAUUUUGAUUGUGGCCGGUGUGUACUUUGGCAGAAAAUACUGGAAGGUUCAUAAAAUCCGCCCCUCUUAUCGCUACUCUAAACUUUCUCAAGACGACGUGGAAGAAAUGGAGGGCUCUGAGAGUUUCAAGUAUGAUCCCAGACCCAAAGGAUUGCGGGCGUAUCGAGAUUGUGAUACCAGUGAUGAUGAUGCAGCAAUGAUCGACCUGUGAGCCUGAUGUGGAAGCUUUCUGACACCAAGAUGUACAUAUAGUUUAAGCAUAAUGAUGAUUGUAGUCUAGAAACAUCUGGCAAAAUGUGUGUCAUCCUAGGCAAUAAUAGACGUAAAGGAAGGAUCACUGUUAGUAGCUAAGCAACUGCAGACCAACCCCUCCCCCAACAUUAGCCUUAAUUUGUUAUCAGUUGAAUGUUUUUGGAAUAGGGGAGGGGUAGGUGCGCAGCACUUGAGAUACUGACAUGGAUCAUAAAGGGACAAAGUACUUAUGUAGAUUAGUUUUUAAGGAUCGUAAGUUAUCACGUGGAUAUAACUAUAAAGUGUUAAAAAAGGAAAGUUUCGUGAUACCUUUAUAGAGGAUCACUGAAAAUUUCAUUAUUUAUAAGCGCAAGAAUCUUAGCUCGAUUGAUCGAUUUGAUUGUAAGGAAGCUUCGCACAGAAUCAUGUAACUUGCGUACAAAAUAAGACAACUGUAUUUAUGGAUCUGUCACGCAAUGCGAACAACAUGACUACAAGCCAAGCUUGGGUAUUUAAAGUGUAAGCUUUAUUUUGGAGAUUGUUAAUAUUCAUUAUCUGCGUGUCGGUGUUUAUUUUCAUGAGUAUAGUACCUAGUCACCAAUAUUAUUGAUUAGCUGUGAUAAUUUUUAAACGUAACAAAGAAUAUUUUUCAAUUGAGUGUCUUUGGCUAUCUGGGAAUACACUUUGUGUCCUCACUACCCCUCUGAGAUUGAGCAAGAAAACCAUUCAGCUGCCAGACUUAAACCAAACGCGUCUUGCUCACUAUCGUUUUCCCGCCCUUCGGUCCGGUCACAUUUUGAUUGGUUCCUGGAGAUAUUCAUCUUUGCUCUGAUUGGCCGUUCUGACCACCUUGGAUGGCUUUAUGACACUCAAUCGUAAAAGGCCCUAAUGUAUUCUUGUUGAAUGUAAUUGGAUGGCGUUGCAUCCUAUUUACAAUGUCACGCAAUAAUUGUUCCUCUUUGAAUUUGCUACAGAAGAAGAACUCCUUUAGAAACCGAGGUCCUUUACCUCGCUGUUUCUGACGGUGUCUGUAAUAUGCGUGAAGAAAUUUUGCAGAGAAUUGCAAUGUUGCCGAUUAUGCAUAUCAAUUUUGGUAUAGACCCACCUCAUUUUGUAGAAAAUAAACUUAUCAGUGUUUUCGUUGA